AUCUUGGGAUGUUGCGGCGUCCCAAACCCACUGAUUCAGAGGCAGACCUCCUUCGAGAGCAGGAGCAAUUCUUAGCUUCAGGUAAACCAUCAACUGUCCAUGUGGUUAGACGACCAGAUAAACGGAGAGGCGACCUAGGGUCGGGAGACAGCGAGAACGCACCUGGAAGUCAACGAGACGUGGUUACGAUACCAGAUCUUCCAGAUCAGAUUCCAAGUUUGACACCCGCACCUCCUAAAAAGUCACGCUUUAAAAAAGAGAGAGUCAGAUUUGAGGACGAUGACGCGGAGGAGAGACUUGACCGACAUGACACGCACAUCAGUGCCGUUCUAUCAAGGAUUAUCGAGAGGGACACAAGCACUGUACCUGUCUCACUCCCAGCAUUCACAGGCUUAGCUUUCCCCAAAGUCUUGCAUCGCUCAACAGUGGAAAACCAGGGGCAGAGUACAGUGCCUGGGGGAAGAAAGAGUAUUUUUGCUCGUCAGAUAGAAGCUCAUAGGGCUAAAGAGGGGUCCGCACCGUUACAGACAACUACACACGCCCAUGUAGCUCCAUCAGCUGUAUCUAAGUCUGCUACGUCUUCCUCAUCUGUAACCAGCAUGGAGACUGGGCAUCCUCAGGCUGCUUUUGCUGGUGCCUCCGGGGGUCCGUUACUGGUCUCGGGUCGGGGGUUGGGCCGUGCAGACGGCACUGCGGAAGUCCUGAAGAUUCACCAGGAGAACCAGGCCAGGCUGCAGGAAAUGAGCGAGAGUGAGAUUUUGGAGGAGCAGAGGAAACUACUUGCACAGCUAGAUCCAAGACUGGUGAACUUUGUGAAAUCUCGGAAAACCCAGAAACCUCAAAACGUCACCUCGGCGUCCUCUCCUGCCCGGGAUGAGGAUGUUGGGAAUCUCGGCCCAGCCGACAACGCCGCCGCGCAGCCAGAUAACACGGAGCCAGAACACGUGUUGGCGGACGUCGUUAUAGACAACGACCUCAGUGAUUCAGAGGCGACAGAAACUCAACCUCCAAUCACUGCCAAAGAGCUACCAAUCAAGGUAGAGAAAGACUGGCUCCACAUGGACAGGUUAGAGCCAGAGAAACUGGAGUGGAUGAGGGAUCUCCCUGCCCCCAGGAGGCGGGGCACCAAAAAGGCUAUGCAGGCCCGUUUUGACUUCGCCGGUACCCUCAUCCCACCAACACAAGACCUGCCCACCCAUCUGGGCCUUCAUCACCAUGGAGACGAGCCAGAGCUGGCAGGCUACUCGCUCCAGGAGCUCUUCCCGCUGUCUCGCAGUCAGGUCACUCAGCAGAGGACUUUAGCCCUCAACACCCUGGCCAACAUCCUGUCAAAGGCCCGAGCCGGUGAGUAUGCUGCCUCUCUGAAAGGCAGCAUGUUGGUGACCCUGCUGGACGCUGGGUUAAUCUUUCUCCUCCGCUUCUCGCUUGACGACAGCGUGGAAGGAGUGAUGUCAGCAGCUGUGCGUGCCCUGCGAGUUCUCCUGGUGUCCUCCAAAGACGAGGAAUGUUUGGAUGACACUUUCUCAUGGCACCUGGGAAUGGCAGCGUUCCCACUACUGCCCACUGCUGAGGAAGAGGAAGACGACGAGGAAGAGGCGGGCCUGGGCGAGAUUGUGAAAGAGAAAGAGGAGAGGAAGGCGGAUCAUGAUGUUGUUCGACAAGAUGUCGUUAAGGGAUUGCUGAAGAUGAAAGUUCUUCCACGGCUGCGCUACAUUUUGGAGGUGGUGCGACCCUCGCCCCAGGUCGUACUCGAAAUUCUGGAGGUUCUGAUCCGAUUCGCUCGGCAUUCCUCGUCUGCUGCUACGCAGAUCUUGGAUUGCCCAAGGUUGAUGGAAACUGUGAUGUCAGAGUUCCUGCCCUGCUCUUGGACUCCUGUCAGCUCAUCCACACCGCCCACGUCCUUAUAUGGGCAGCCCGUUUCCAUGGCGAUGAAGCUUCUCCGAGUUCUUGCCACUAGUGGAAGGCAUGCAUGUGCCAGACUGUUAAACUCAUUGGGUGGAAGAGAGCGUCUGUCUCGUUUCUUAGCUGCGGAACCCUCGGAGCUGCUGUUGGAGCCAGGGGAAUCUCUUCGUUGUAGCACCGAAGCACUUCGAUUCUGGGCUGUGGCCACGAGCUAUGGCCAGGCCUGCAACCUGUACAGAGACCUGUACCCUGUCCUGAUGAGAGGUCUUCAGUCAGCCCACAAGCCCAGUGCCCCCUCCACGCAGCUCCUCUCUGUGGAGCUCCAGAGGAUCAGAGCCCUGUUGAUGCUCCUGACCCAGGUCACACACACUGCAGGCUGUCACCAAGAACUGCAGGCUAGCCUGGCCAGUUCCCAAGAUGCCGAGAGUCUUCCACCUCCUCCGGUGACGUGGGGUCACGUGACGGGCCUUCAGCCAACUCUGAUUGGCUUACUGAAGGGAUGUUUGAAAACAUUGGAUGAUCCCGUUCAGAGGGCGUGCGCUCUGAGCCUUCUCCCUUCCUAUCUGCUCUACGUGGGAGCGUUUUAUUCCCAACUCAGCAUACAGAAUUCAUUUCAGCCUGUGGAGUGUCUUCAGGAGCUGGAGUCGCUGACGUCGGAGGUGCUCCUCCCACUUCUGUCCCAUCAGGCUUUGUGCUCUGUGAUUGACAGCCUCAGGUCCUGUUCGGUCAUCUGUAACCCCAUGUCAUGCGGUUCCGGGCCCGAGAUCGUUUCCAGCCUGCCUGGAUUGGGCUGCUCACCGUUGAAAACCCACGCCGACCGGACCGGCACCAGCUCCCCCCUCCCCCUCCUCACGGCCUUUUAUUACCUGCUGGACGUCAUCGCGGGCAUCCACCGAGGUCUUGCCAAGAAGUUUUCUAGUCUCGUGCUGCGUGACUCUGUCCUGUGUUACCUGCAGGCCUGUGGGGAGACAAGGCCCACAGUUUCCCUCUCUACCGCCUGGAUCUUAAGACACGAACAUCACCUGCUUUACCUUCAGUUAAGACUCGCCCACCGACUGGUUCCUGUUGACGCAGAAGUGGCAAAACAUGCUGCCCUCAUCCACAAAGUGACCCUGGGGCUGGUUAUGUGGCUCCUCCCAGGAAGUGAAUACCUCGCCCACUGUCUCAUGUCCUCUUCAGUCUUUAACCAGGAGCUUUUACCUGAGGCUGGGAGCGGCGGUCCGGAGGCGGCCGAGCUGUCGGAGUUACGCCUGCAGGAGGCGCCAGCUCCCGCGCCGGGACUGGGCGUGCUCCUCCGAGACGCUGUUAGCCAGCUGCCCUCUCUCCGGGGCUGCUUCCUCAGGCACCUGUCGCACCUGGAGCCCGCUGUCCUGACCUCGCGAGACCGACACUGCGGGAGAGCGCCCUGGGUCAAAUCCCAGCUCCUCCCAGAGCUCUCCGGGCCCUCUCUUCCGUCUGAUUGGCCGUUCCUGCCGCUCAUCAGCCUGUAUGAGCGAAUGGGAGUGUUGAGUGGCGGCGGGCUUGAGGUGGAGGCCCUCCCCCCGGGGUCAGUGCAGUCCGUCAUUCAGUGCCUGCAGUGGCUCUUGGUGCUGGAGACCUGGAGGGAACAGUCGCUGAAGGUGGUGCCGCCCGUCGCGAAACUGGCCCGUCUCUUCUGCGUUUUCCUGUCCUCCAGCGACCUGUUCCUGGACAAACCCGUGCAGCAGCUGAUGUGGGCCCACUUACGCGGGCUCACGCGGCCGAAGCAGCUCGCGGCGCUGGAUCUCGGGACGCCUCCGCCAGGGCUGGCCUCCUUCCAGGACCUGUACUCGGCUCUGCUGGCCCAGUUCGAGGCUGUGUCCUUUGGUGACGUGGUGUUUGGCUGCUUCCUAAUACUCCCCCUGCAGAGACGUUAUAGCGCCACCCUGAGGAUGGCUGUAUUUGGGGAACAUGUGGGUCUGUUGCGGUCUCUGGGUGUCCCACUACAACAGCUGCCCAUCCCACUGGAGAAUUUCACAUCCCCCCCAGAGGAUUCCUUACCCUUGCUGCGCCUGUAUUUCCGUGCCCUGGUGACGGGGGCUCUGAGGAGGAGCUGGUGCCCCGUGUUGUACGCCGUGGCCGUGGCUCAUCUCAACUCCUUCAUCUUCUCCCAGGAUGCAGUUGCACAGGAGGUGGACGCAGCACGCCGCAGCAUGCUAAGAAAAACGCACUACCUGACAGAUGAGGUACUGAGGAACCACCUGUUGUUCUUUCGGCUGCCGGAGCAGAACAGCGAACUUGGCUUCCUCACCUACGAGCAGUUGCCGUCUAUUCGAUCCCGCAGACUGGAAAGCGUGCUGGGGACAGUGGAAGGAAAGGUUGCAAUGGAAGACUGAUGACCCCCACGACUGAGUCAUACUUGAAGCACCAUUGGGCCACAAAGCUGGUUGGCCUAGAAGAACCUAUGUCAAACAUAGA